AUGAAAGACACUAAUCUUGAGCCUCUCGUUGUAGCCUACAAGGAAAAAAUGAAGGAACUGUCCAUGCUGUCACUGAUCUGCUCUUGCUUUUACCCGGAACCUCGCAACAUCAACAUCUACACCUACGAUGAUAUGGAAGUGAAGCAAAUCAACAAACGUGCCUCUGGCCAGGCUUUUGAGCUGAUCCUAAAACCACCAUCUCCUAUCUCAGAAGCCCCACGAACUUUAGCUUCUCCAAAGAAGAAAGACCUGUCUCUGGAGGAGAUCCAGAAAAAACUGGAGGCUGCAGAGGAAAGAAGAAAGUCUCAGGAGGCCCAGGUGCUGAAACAAUUGGCAGAGAAGAGGGAACAUGAGCGAGAAGUCCUUCAGAAGGCUUUGGAGGAGAACAACAACUUCAGCAAAAUGGCGGAGGAAAAGCUGAUCCUGAAAAUGGAACAAAUUAAAGAAAACCGUGAGGCUAAUCUAGCUGCUAUUAUUGAACGUCUGCAGGAAAAGGAGAGGCAUGCCGCGGAGGUGCGCAGGAACAAGGAACUCCAGGUUGAACUGUCUGGCUGAAACGAUGGAGGGUAUGGCACGCCCCACCAUUAGUAAAUCCCCCUGCCUAUAUUAUAAUGGAUCAUGCGAUAUCAGUAUGGGAAAUGUAUGACAUGGUUUAAAAAGAACUCAUUAUAAAAAACAAAAACAAAAAAACAGAAUCAAAAAUUAAAAAAAAAAAUCAAUGCGGUCUCUUUGCAGAAUGUUUUGCUUGAUGUUUAAAAAAUACCUUGGAUCUUAUUUUGUAAAUACUUACAUUUUUGUUAAAAAAUACAAGUAUUGCAUUAUGCAAGUUAUUUCAUAAUCUUACAUGUCCUGUAACAGGCUUUUGAUGUUGUGUCUUUCCACUCAAAUGAAUUUGCUAGGUCUGUUCUUUUUGAAGCCCUCAUGUCGAACUCCAUUCCCUGCCCUUUUCAUUCCAACAGAAAAAUGAGGUCAGUAGACAGUCUAUGGUGCUAGAAACCCACCAUUGCCUAAUGACCUAGAUGGCUUUGUAAUCUCUGAACUUGACUAAGACCACACCUAGGUUACAGGUUUUAUGACUCCACACGAACCUCCACAUUUGUUCACUCAUAAUCUACUAACUGCCUAGAAACUACAAAACCAGGCUAAGAAAAAAAAAACAAAAACACCAAUCAUAGCAUUUACUUCUGCUUCUCCUGGAUUAUGUGCUACAAAUGUGCUUUGGCUUUAGAAAGGGAUGGAUGAGAAGACAGAGCUGAGAUCAACCUGGGUAGAAGCAGAAAGUUAAACCCUUUAAAAGCGCUGAACGCAGAUUCGAAUCCAAAUGGUUCAAGCAGCCAUGAAAUCGCUCUUCAUGAAGUGGGCUUAAUUCUCUAGUUUAAGUUCUUUUGAUGGAAUGAAUUAAUUAAUGUGUCAGGUGGCUUAUUUGUGGAUGCCAUGAUUGAUGAUGUUCAUUUUAAGCUCUUACCUAUAGUACAAGUACAUGAUGCUACUGAAUAUUUUUCCACUUGGAAACUGUGAGCUGGUUGUUGCAUUGAAACACACAUACAAACGAGAUCAAAAACACUGCGGACUUUCACUCAAGCUGGUCUUUCUUCCCCAGUGUGAGGCAAUCCUGCCUAUUAAAAAAAAAAAUUACUCCAUCUGUGAGGGCUGAUACAGCUAAGGGGGCUAGGCAGGGCAUUUGUGCCAACUAAGAAUCACCAGACACCCACCAUAAGUACCUAUCGCAGUUUUGAAGUCGUUUCUCCCCCAAAUCCCAACUCCUGAAGGUUGCUGCCUGCAUAUUUACUCUUCAUUAGUGCUAUUUUCCUGUAUGUCAUUGUGA